CAUGGAAGUCAAAAAUGCUCACCCGAGAUCCGUGUUGUUCAGAUCCUCCAGGACAUCCGAAACCGGACCAUGACGUCCAUGUGCAGCCAGAAGAACAUGCCGCGCAGCCUGUGGUCGCUGACGCCGCAGCAGAGGAAGACGCUGCUGCAGCACGUGCUGGUCAACGACGAGUACCGCUUCCUGUACUGCUACGUGCCCAAGGUGGCCUGCUCCAAUUGGAAACGCGUGCUGAAGGUGCUGGGCGGCGCCUUGGAGAGCGUGGACGUCAAGAUCAAGAUGGACCAUCGCAGCGACUUGACUUUUCUGUCCUCGCUCAAGCCGGAGGGGAUCCGCUACCGGCUGCAGCACUACUUCAAGUUCAUGUUCGUGCGUGAGCCCAUGGAGCGCCUGCUCUCCGCCUACAGGAACAAGUUCGGCGAGAUCGAGUCGUACCAGCGCAAGUACGGCGCCGAGAUCGUCAAGCGCUACCGCAAGAGCCGCGGCGGCAAGGGCUCGCGCGUCGCCGGCGACGACGUCACGUUCGCGGAGUUCGUCCGCUACCUUCUGGACGAGGACGUGGAGCGGAUGAACGAGCACUGGAUGCCCAUGUACAACCUGUGCCAGCCGUGCGCGCUGCGCUACGACUUCAUCGGAUCCUACGAGCACCUGGAGCGGGACGCCGAGUUCGUGCUGCGCAGCGUCGGCGUGCCGCCGCACGUCGGCUUCCCGGCGAGGCAGUCGUGGUACAAACCCGUCACGGCGGAGACGUUGCACUACUACCUGUGCAGCCUGCCGCAGAAGCUCCUGAGGGAGCUCCUGCCCAAGUACAUUCUAGACUUCUCCCUCUUCGCGUAUCCGCUCCCCAACACGACCACUGAGCACUGCCGGCAUUAGUAAAAGUCAACUGGCUUAGUUUUUUAAGACUAGUUUGGGCAGAAGGCCCAUUUCAUGUCUGUUCUUCUGUAAAUUUGUACUGUGUUCUAUUUUUCUACUUUUCUAUAAAGACUGUUCACAUUUUGACCCAA